UACCAUUUUAAACCAAUUUGAGUGCAUGGGUUCAAAUAGGGGUGUCCAGUGCUACGGUCUUGACUUAUUAAUAACAAAAAAAAUCAUCGAUUAGUUGAAAAAGCUGACAUGUUCUGUUAUGUAGUUUACAGAUGAUCACUGUCUAUAAAAUCUUAUUCCUCGAUCAUAAACAUUGAAUAUUUUUGGUUUAAAACAUAACUGCGCUCCCCGUUUCACUAAAUGGUACGGCUGCUAAUGGAUGUCGCUUCUCGAAGUUAGUACAGUACUGUGAUUCUACAGUUCUUCGUAACUGAGAAGAUGAGUGAACUGAAGGACUGUCCACCGCUCAAAUACUACGACUUUAAGCCCGUGGAGCAUGUGAAAGUGUGUCCUCGAUACACCGCGGUGUUGGGCCGCUCGGAAGACGAUGGCAUCGGGAUUGAGGAGUUGGACACGUUGCAGCUGGAGCUGGAGACGUUGCUGUCCUCGGCCAGCCGACGUCUCAGAGCGCUGGAAGAGCAGAGACAGAUCCUUACAGAUUGGCAGGACAAAAAAGGCGACAAAAGGUUCAUGAAGAUGGGGAAAGAAGUCGAUCCGACCGCCUCCUCCCGCCAUCCGAAGCCUAAGAAGCCAAAGCUCGAAGGAAAAGCGGGUCACGGGCCUGGGCCUGGUCCAGGCAGACCCAAGUCCAAAAACCUGCAGCCCAAAGUCCAGGAGUAUGAAUUCGGUGAAGACCCACAGGACAUACCCCGCAACCCCAAAAAUGACACUCCAAACAGAUUCUGGGCUUCAGUAGAGCCCUACUGUGCAGACAUCACUAAUGAAGAGAUCCGAGUUCUCGAAGAACUUCUUAAACCACCUGAAGACGAAGCGGAGUAUUACAAGAUUCCCGCUCUAGGAAAACACUACUCUCAGCGCUGGGCACAAGAAGACCUGCUGGAAGAGCAGCGAGAGGGAGCGCGAGCCAACGAUAAGAAGAAAAGCAUGCUGGGUCCACUCUCCGAGAUCGACGCCAAAGACGUCGAUGCCUUGCUGAAAAAAUCGGAGUCCCAACACGAGCCUCCGGAGGAUGGCUGUCCGUUUGGUCCCCUCACACAGCGCUUGCUGCAAGCUCUGGUGGAGGAGAAUAUCAUAUCCCCUAUGGAGGAUUCCCCAAUUCCAGACAUUCCGGUGAAAGAUGAUGGAGCCGGAACUUCGCCACGCAGCCAGGGAAAAGCUUUCAGUGUUCCCCACACACGCUCUCUGGAAGCCCGGAUCAGGGAAGAGCUGGUGGCUCAAGGUCUGUUGGACUCAGAUGAGAGGCAGGGCACAGGAGGGGACUCGGAGGAUGAAGUGCUGGCCGAGCUCCAGAAGAGACAGGCAGAGCUCAAAGCUCUGAGCGCUCACAACCGAGCACGAAAGCAAGAGCUGCUCCGGUUGGCGCGGGAGGAGAUGAGGAAGCAGGAGCUGCGACAGUGUGUCCGAGUGGCUGACAACGAGGUGAUGGAGGCUUUCCGACGCAUCAUGGCUGCCAGGCAAAAGAAACGCACUCCAACAAAGAAAGAAAAGGAUCAGGCAUGGAAAGCGCUGAAAGAGAGGGAGAGAAUCCUCAAACAGUUGGACGGAUAAAGAAGACCGUAAUCCGAUCGUGUUCGUGUGGAGUCGCCGGGACCGGAGCUUUCACAACAAAAAGGUCUAAAAUCAAGGGCUGGUUUUAGACUAAUUCAAGUAACACCACAGUGGACCUCUAAUAAUCCUUUUCCGCAAUGUGAUAUUAUCAAAACUUUUUAACAACCGGCCGACAUUGCCACAGGUUCGUGAACUGAAUUAUGAAAUGAAAUGUGACUUUUCGGUUGAUGGACUAAAGUGUAGCCUGGCUUUGGGAAAACAUUUUACUGUCCUGAACUAGACAAACCCAUAGUUCAGCAUCACCAUAUUGUCAAGAAGCCCAAAGAUGACAUGCAUGCCGUUGUUAUUGCCUUUAUAUGUAUCUGCCUACAUGAAUUCUUACUGUUCUGUGCAGAUUAUUUCUUACUCAGAUGCAAGUCCACUGAUUUCUGUUUCUUGCAGCGUUAGAUUCGCAAAAUCAUUUGAAGCCAAGCAUUUUGUUUGUGAUAAAUUGGGGAAUGCCUUUAGGUUGGUAACCGUGACAAGUGGAAAAGGACACUUUGAGGUCAUUCUUUAAGGGUUUGUUUUUCUCCUAAAGAUCUUCUGAGGGUCACUUCAAUGCCAUCAUCUUGGAUGACAAUAAACAUUCAGAUUCUAUGCUCAAGUUGAAAGUUGCUGUGGCCUUUCUCAUUCAAGAUGAUUCAAAAGAUUGAUUUUUCCUAAAUUCCAGUCUACAUCCAGCCCCAUACACAACCCACUGAGCCACUAUGAUGUGCACUGAGAAAUCACUGAUAAGCUACUGGGAGAAAUCCUAUCAGCGCGACAACACCCGAUCCCUGGACUCAUAUGAAUCAGGUCUUGAGGUACGAGUGCACCAUUCAUCGCCUGCGGUACCCUAAUAUGAACUAUUGGACUCGUAUCCUGACCGCUGAUGCAUCUAGAUCCCAGGGUCUCUUUACCAUAUCUGCCUUUCUUUUUUUUGUACAACUCACUGUUAGCGGAAGUACCUGUUACACUCUGUUGAGAAACUUGUACUUUUGCCACUGCAUCUGUGCAACAGGAAGCAUGUUCCUUUUCCUUCUCAUGUUCUUAUUUUGGUUUGUAACGUUAUGAUUAAAGAAACUGACAACA